CGCAGGCGCAGUGUUGAGCGCUCGGACUACACUUCCCGCCGUGCCUCGCGCCGCGCCGGGCGACGGGUCCCGCGUGCGGCCUAUCUUCCUCCGCCCCCGCCAUGGAGAUGGAGACGGACGCGGGCUCCGUGGUGUCGGGGCUGUCCGGGGGGGACGGCGGCGCCGCCGCGCCCGGAGACGAGGACGUGGAGGUGGAGGGCGCCCCGGGCUGCUCCGGGGCCCGCGCCCUGCCCUUCGCCUUCGAGCGGAGCCGCUCCGAGUCCAGCGCGGACGGGGACGAGGAGGACGAGGACGAGGAGGAGCUGGAGGACGAGGAGCUGCCGGCCGGGCCCGGCGCCCGCUUCAGGGCCUGCGGCGGCGGCGACGAGCUCGACUCCGACGAGGAGCGCGAGCGUAUGAUAAACCUUUCUGAGUUGAAUCCGUACAUCUUGUGUUCCAUCUGCAAAGGUUACUUUAUAGAUGCUACAACCAUUACAGAGUGCCUUCAUACGUUCUGUAAAAGCUGCAUAGUAAGACAUUUUUACUACAGUAACCGAUGUCCAAAAUGUAACAUUGUUGUCCAUCAGACACAGCCUCUUUAUAAUAUCAGGCUGGACCGACAGUUGCAAGACAUAGUGUAUAAACUUGUUGUCAAUCUGGAGGAAAGAGAGAAAAAGCAAAUGCAUGACUUUUACAAAGAAAGAGGUCUAGAAGUACCUAAACCAGCUAUCCCACAGCCAGUCCCUGUGAGCAGAGGAAGGCCACGAAAAGUCCUGGGAUCAGUUUUCCGAAUCCCACCAGAACUUGAUGUCUCGUUACUUUUAGAGUUCAUCGGAGCUAAUGAAGGCACAGGGAAUUUUAAGCCAUUAGAAAAGAAGUUUGUGCGAGUUUCAGGAGAGGCAACAGUUGGACACGUGGAGAAAUUCCUUCGAAGAAAAAUGGACCUUGACCCUGCUUGUCAGGUAGAUAUAAUAUGUGGUGAUCACUUGCUGGAGCACUAUCAGACACUGAGGGAGAUCCGUCGAGCGAUAGGAGACAGUGCAAUGCAGGAUGGCUUACUUGUGCUGCACUAUGGUCUUGUGGUGUCUCCACAAGCCAUAACGUAAAGCUGGCUAAAACAUCGGAGGAAAGGAUCAAAGGCGUGAAGCUUCCUCAGUGCUCUGUCUCACCAAAGAAGGUCAUCUUGCUUGCUUCCUGUCACAGGAAAUAAAUGAACCACCACUAACUGCUGUACACUUGUAACUUGGUGUUUGACUUUACCACUGUCAAAAUUGCAGCCGCUGUAAGUACAGCUCUAAAUAUUGCAAUGCUCGAUAUUACAUAUAACUGUCUUUAAACUGUAGCCAGCUCAGGGAAUGGAAAACAUUCAGAGUUGCUGAAUUGAUUUGUAAAUGUUAUUUAAACCAACGUGAGCACACAGGGUUAACUUCCUUUCUCUGCUCUGAACUUAAUCUUGGGUAGGUCCAUGGCUAUUUUAUAUCUCCACUGGACCUUGCAUACCUCUGACAUAUAUAUGGCUGGAAUGGUGCUCUCAGGGAUGAUUUUCACUUGACAGUGUCGUUUUUCUCUGGAAUAGAGAGAUUAUUUCUUUAAAUUGAAUGUGCAGGAGCCGUCUUGGUCUAGAAAUAACAGGGGAGAAGAUUUUGUCAAAUGUGUAGAUCAAAAUGGGUAGUUAAACUCCACAGUCUUAAGCAUUGAUUUUUUUUUUCGUAUUUAUUAUAUCAGUAGCAUUAGAACAUAGAGUUUCAUUUUCUGGGCAAGAAAUGUGAUCUGCCCUAGGGCCAGAACUGGUAGUCGGUUGACUCCUAUUAACUACCAUGUAGCCACAUGCUGAAUGGUAGCACUCUUUUUUUGCUUCGAGAAACAUGGGUUGCCAGUAGGUUAUUCUGUGCACAUCAGGGACCAGCUGAGGGCCCUCUUUCCAUCUGCAUGCUCUCUGUAAAACAAUUAGAUGUGCAGCCUGCUUCUACUCGCGUUGAAGUCUAAUAGCGGACUGGACUGGCAGCAGAGCUGGACCUUUCUCCUGAUCGCACCACCUUACACCUGCAGCCAAAAUGACAGCUCUCCCAUCCUCUUCCAAGGGCUGCCUUGUAACAGCUGCUCCUGCAUUAUAACGGAGACUGUUUUGGAAGCUGCUGGGUGCUGUAAUCAACCCCUUUCUCCACUACUUGUAAAGCUGUACAAAGGGUAGUAGGUAGCUUUAAUUUUAAUAGGCUGUAGCUCAUGAUUAUCUAAUAUUUCCAGGUUCUGUUUUUGUCAAAGUCUCUCAUCAUUUCUUCUAUAGGUAUAAAGACCAGAGCUGUGCAUGGGGUGGUUGCACUGCAUGCUAGGCCUGUAAGUCUUUAAGCAAAUGUUUGUUUUGCCUGUGAAAGUAUCCUCUUAAGGAAAGAUCUUGUUUACCUAAAGUCAUAUUUUUUGAUGCUUCUGAAAAUGUAACAAAAAAUAUUUUAUAGCCAAGAUUUCCAGUUUAUUUUCAAGGUUUGUAUAAAAGCAGUGCCGAAAAUGGAGCAGAAAAGGGAUGGUUUUGUAAACAUUUUGUGCAUUGUGUUGAUAAGAGAGUAUAUAUUGUAACAGUUAAAUAAAGUUUUAUUUUGGCCUAUCUGAAA